AUGUAUCGCCUGCAAUGCAGGAAUUUCACUGCAAAUCGACAGUCCAUUUUGAGAUUCGCAGCAAGACGUGUGUGUGAGUCGGGUGGUGAAUAUUUAUUUUGUUUUUUCCCAUUUGUGUUUCUUGCAAAAGGUUUUCGAAUAGUGCAACUAUAUAAAAAAGUUAAAAGAAGCAUUAUACAUAUACAUAACUGUGAAAUAGGUGCAAAUUCUGCGGCAAAAACAGCGUUUUCUUGCGCCAAUAUGCGCUGCUGAUGUGCUGUGUGUAGAAAGCGCCCGUCUGUGUCCACAUAAUCGUCAUCAUCAAUAUUGCCAUAACGUGCCCGUACGAAAGAGAAAAUUUAUAAGACUGAGAAAAAGCCAUAGGCAGCAAAAUUAGCAAAUUUUUUUUAGUUUAUACAUUUGUAAUGCGACGCGUAAAGUGAAACUUGCAAACUUCUCUUGAAAUUGAAGAGCAGAAAAUUGCAUACGUCAAGAAAAAAUAAAAGAAUUUCCACUUUAAUACUGGGGUAUAAUCCAUCUGGUGAUGACUACUUUGGAGCAGAAAAGCAACAAGAAAACGAAAAGAUAAUUGAAACGCAAAAAAAGUAGAUAGAAGAAGACAAGACUGCCAAGAUAGCGAAAACGACUGAGAAGAAGCAGCAGGAGGGCGUAAUAAGAUUUACAUAUGUAUUGCAUUGUGAAUAAAAGCCGUAUCAGGCGUAACGAGUGAAUUAUUUUUUCAAUUAUUAUUAUUAAAUGUGAAAAAAUUAAUUUGAAUAAGUUUUCGCAUUUUAUACAAAUGCGAAAGGACUUUGUGACUAUUUUGAAAUAAAAUAUAUAUAUAACGACACAAAAAAACAUUAAACGAAACGAAACAAAUAAAAACUAAUAUAUAACACAACGCAUAAGAGAAAGAAACACGUUACUAAAUAUAGCUUUGGAUACUGAAGCAGUAACUGCUAUUAAAAAAAAAAUAAAAUAAAAAAGAAAACACAAUGAGUUCUGUUUCCUCAGCGGCGUCUGCGCGUUCAGCCGCCUCAACUACGGGCACAGAUACCACCAAGAGACUACAGAUCACACACGUCGAUGCUUUUGGUCCGUACUUGCGCAUAUACGGCCAACAGAAUCCGGACGCAUUGGCUGUGGUGCGCAAUAGAAUCCAGGAAUUGUUACGCACAUGCCUAGCCAUCGAUCCGACUUGGCCGGUGCAGCGACAGCAAGUACCGCUUCGCAUUGGCACUUUAUGCCUUUAUAAGAGCACUAAAGGUAUAGCACCGGCCGAUUUUGAAUUCUUGCGCGUACGCAUACUGGACGUUAUAAUUAAUAGCGGGCAACAGAAUGCGACGCAGGGACAAAAACCGCUCGUCAAAGUGGAAGUGGAGUUCGUCGACUACGGCGGUAAGGCGCUGGUGGGCAGUUAUGAGCUCCUCUUCCCCAAGCAAGCGGACGCUUUGUCCUCCAUGCCCACAAUAUGCGCGCCAUACAUCCUAUUGGGUAUUUGCAAAGAUUUCAAACCAGAAGAGCUGGAGGAGAUUUCACGCAUCAUUUUGCGUCAAACACUGGACAUAUCCAUUGAUCAUGAAUUUAAGCAAUAUAAAUUUAUUACAAUGAAAUGGAAGGAAUUCAAUUUUGCCGAGUUUUUAAUACACCAAAAGAAAAUAGGCGCUCCUAUCGCCAACGAUUUGCUACGUGAUAAUUUUGCUAAAUUUAUUAAGCAACAAAAUCAAAAGCAGCAGCAGCAACAACAACAACAACAAGCGCAAACGCUACCAGCUCAACAGCCACAAAAUCACCAUUUAGCAACGUCACAGAAGCAGCAGCAACAACAACCACAACAGCAAAAGCAACAAACUCUACCAAUGUAUCCAGCUGUCGGCGGCAAUACCAACAAUAACAACUAUUAUGCCAUUAAUCAUAACAACAACGUAGCACCGGUGAGCGCUGCAUACCCAGCUGUUGGACGUUCACUCGCUGCACGUUUGCAACAAUAUCAAUUAGAUCAACAACAACAAGCGCAAACGCAAUUAGCCUUGCAAGCACAAGUAUUGAUGAACAUGCAGCGUCCAAUACAGCCACGCAUGCCACACACCAUCGGUAAUUUACGUUCGCUUUAUGUGCCUUAUGCUGCGCCCGCCUAUCAGCAGCAACAUGCUUACAAUGGUUACCAACCGAAGGUUAUUGUGCAACCAGCAGUUGGCAACGCAAUAUCUGGUCUUCCAUAUACUACCAAUAAUUACAAUACACGUCAUCAACGUCCCCAGCCACAACAGCAGAGACAAGACUUUAACAGCCAGAAUAACGGCAAAUCGGUAGUGAAUACUUCACCUCGUCGCGUCACCACUGCCACCUUUAAGACCAACAAUUUAACUGUUGGUAAAACUUAUGAUGUUUACGUCAGCUUCGUUGAGAAUGGCCCUUGCCUGUUUUCGGUGCAGUUGGCGUUGGCACAGGAUGAGCUAACCGAAAUGAUGAAUCGCAUUGAACGCGUGCAACUCAAGCAGUACGCAGAUAAACCCGUAUUGGGCACCGCGUGUAUAGCGCGCUACUCCGAAGACGGACAAUUGUAUCGCGCGCUAAUCACUGGCGUGCAAACGACAGCCUGCAAAGUGGUUUAUAUUGAUUACGGCAAUGCUGAGUUGGUAAAAUACAAAGAUUUAUAUGAAAUACCAGAUGAAUUCCUUGAGGCGAAGGCGUUCGCCAUACGUUUCACACUGUCGGGACACAAAGAACUGGAGCCUAUCGAUGAGAGCUUGAAGAAAGCCUUCAAGGAUCUAAUGAUGUAUAAGAAUUGUCAGUUGAAAGUGAUGCCAUUAGAGGGCCCACCAUUGGUGCAAUAUUGCGAGCUUUAUUUACAGAAAAGCAACGUGCUCGAUGUGCUGAAAGAUAUACAAAAGUGCCGCCUCGUAUAUCCGAAAUCUGAGAUUUUGAACAACAACGAUAUCGUAGAAAUCCGUUAUAUCGACUCGCCCAAGCAUUUCUAUGUACAAAAAGUAGACAAUAUCGCGAAAUUCGAGAAACUCAUGGACGACAUGUUCUUGUAUUACAAUAAAAAUCAGGUUGUGCCCAAUCACUUGGCACUUGGUGCGCCAUGUAUUGUGAAAUUCGAGAACGAAUGGUAUCGCGCUGAAGUGAUGCGCGCCGACUCCACCGCGAUUAUUGUGCGCCAUGUCGAUUUCGGUUAUGAGCAGAAAGUCACCAAAAACUUGUUGAGUAACAUAGCCGAGAAGCAUUUAAAAUUGCCCCGUCAAGCCAUACAAUGCUGUCUGAAGGGUUUCGAAAAUAACGAACUCAGCAAAGACUUGGCGACCAAUCAAUUUGAAAUGCUCGCCGAAGAGUCGAAUCGCCAACGACGCUCGUUCACCGUCAAAGUCUUCCGCAUACAACCGGAUGGUGUCCACCUGGUGAACCUCUGCACCAAAGACUUGAAUGUCAUGAAAAAACUGUACAAAUUAUCCAUGCCUUUCGAACAGUACUUAACAUUGGAGAAGGAGGAAUUCAAUAUACACGCCCACAAUGGACAUCAGCAGCGAAAAAGCGGUGGGCAUGAAAAUGGCAAUAAAACACCAUCGAUUGCAUCCUCCAAUGAUGUCGCAUCGCUGCAUUCGAGCAAGAAAGCAGGCCAAAUACUCAAUUCCACCACAUUGCAAAGCGAAGAGCAACUGCAGCAAAGGCCACAACAACAACAGCAACAGCAGCAAGCGCGUAAAACAAACACACGCAAUACGAACAGCAAGUCUGGCAGCGCCACCGGCAGUGCACCGGCCAGCAGUGUGCAGGGUACACUCUCUGUGGAGUGGGACAAGCAGAGCUCGGCCAGCUCGAUGGAUAAUCGCGAUUCGCGCUCAAGCUCUAGCGAGCUAAAACACGGCAAGCGCCAGCAACAGCAGCAACAACGGCAAGGACGCAAUGCGCCGCUAACGCCACUAAUGCAAGCGAACUUGAAUGUCAGCAACAGCAGCAGUGGCGUUGCUGAUAGACGCAGUGUGGCCAGCAGCGCCAGCAACGUGAGCAGCUACAAUCAGAAGCAGCGCAAUGGUGGAAAUCAAGUACCACCGCGUUUCCAAAACGAAAAUCGGCGACAGAAGAAGGAGCCCGUUACGCCACCACGCCAACAGCGUCCACAGAAUGCACCGCAAGGUUAUUCACAGCAGCGCAACAAGGGCAAUGCGAACACACCGCGCGCCAAUGAUACACCCUCCGAGGUGAGCAGCACUGCUGGUAGUGAGUUAAGCGAACAACAGCAACAACAACAACAAGUACAAAACGUGUCAACGCCAUUGCCCGAUGAGUAUGUGCCGUUGAAUCAAGCAUUCCCCGUACAACAUUUGGAUACGCCAACGCGCGAGGAAGUGAUCAUUUGCUGGUGGAUUUCACCACACCAGUUCUAUACACACCUCAAAUCACGUCUGCCAGAAUUCGAGCGUUUCAUGCGCGAAAUACAGUUAUUCUAUAAGAAGAAAUCACUGCAGCAGUUGCAAUUGAAAGUCGGCUCCUACGUCAUUGCACGCUAUCGCAAAGAGAAUCUGCUCUAUCGCGCGCGCAUACUCGCCUGCAAUCAAAUGUUGCGCAAAUACAAAGUGCAAUUCGUCGAUAUUGGCAAUCAGUACACUGUCACCUCCGAGGAUAUCUGGCAGGUGGAGAAACGCUUUGCCACGUUGCCUGUGAUGGCGCAUCUGUGCAGCUUCAGCGGCAUUGUGUCCAACUAUGAUCAUCUCUACAUAAUCGAUCGCAUGGAGAAAUACUUGCCGGCGGGCGCAACCUUAAAUUGCGAGUACAUUGAGCGCGAGCAAGAGAUGUACUAUGUCAAUGUGAAACUGAAUGGCGUCUCGCUGAAGGAGACGCUCAAGUCGGAGGGCAUAAUUACCGAGGUGGCACCGGAGCUGCGCUUGAACCUACUGGCAGGCCAACAAAUACGUGUGAAGAUCACAUACGUAAAGGAUAUGCUGAACUUCAAGAUACAGGUGGAGGGUUUGCCAGAAAAUGUACAACUGCUGAGUUCCUAUGAUGAUGUGCGCUAUGUUAAAUCGAAUCCAGAUGUAGCGGUGAAAUUCAAGCAAUACUACGAGGGCAAAUCAUGUGUGGUAAACAUAAAGGAUGUCAAUGACAACAAAGUCAUUCUACUACGCCCACUGGUGCCAUUGUUAAAGGACGAUGUGGCGACCUUCAUUUGCCAACAGCCAAUUGUGCUGGAGCGCUUCGAGGCGCGUGUGGUGCAUGUGGCGAGCGCUUAUCGUGUCUUUGUACAUACGAUUGCGGCGGAGACACAGAUGAUGGUGCUGCUGAAUGAAAUGUAUGAAUACUAUCAGCAAAACGGCACACCCUUGAGCUCACUUGAACCGGAACAAAUUUGUGCUGCGCUCGGCAGUGAUGGCAAUUGGUAUCGCGCGCGUAUCACACCGCAAACGAACAAAGAUGUCAUCGAGGUACGCUACAUCGAUUAUGGAAACACGGAAAAAUUAACGGAGAAGAGUUUAAAAACUCUGGAAGACAAAUUCUACAUUAAUCGCAACUCAUUCGCAAUUGAAUUGAAUUUACCUGUGCGCACAUUGGCGGCAGAUGCGCAACAUCGAAGUUCGAAAUCAAAGAAGGCCGCAAAUGUGUCGUCAGCCGAUUUGGAUGCGGCUGCAGUAGAGAAAUUAAAGCAGUUAGCAUUGGUGGGCGAGCCGCUGGUGCAUGUGAAAGCGUUGGAGGUGCAACACAAUCAUUUGAUUGCCGAGCUCACUUUGGCUGGUGGUGAAAAUAUUGUGGAUGCUCUGUUGCAAACGCAGCUAAUAAAGUCACGAGAUGUCGAUUUCAUGCGUAAGCAACUGGAGAAGGACAAAGCAAAUAUGUUUGAAUACAUUGAAUUGGUCGACUUGACGCUCGAAGAGGAAGACGAUAUCGAAAAGAAAACUACUGGUAAGAGUAAAAACUCCAGCUCACCAAAGAAGAAGAAGCAGCAAGCGGAGAAAACAGUGAAAAAGGAGACUACAAUCAACAACAAUCCGCCUGAAGUGGUUAAAAAUGCCGAAAAAGAGAAACCAGUUGAUGUUACAGCGCCCGUUAUAAUGGCUGAGACACCACCACAAACACCACCGCAAGCGCAAGAGUCUAAAGUGGAAGCCGCAGCACCGCAACCAGCACUAACUGAAGCACCAAUACCGUCGCCAACACCACCACCACAACCCGCAACUACUCCAUCUGAGCCACAAUCGGUUGCAGAGUCAGAAACGGAAUCGAUCGAUCCCUGCGCUGAUAUGGAACAUGCCAUACUUGGUCAUUGCGACAAUCCCGGUCAAUUCUAUGUGCAUCCCUACGAUAAAAUGGAUGAGUUGCGUCAGCUGCAAGAGGAUCUGCAAAUUGUCGCCAGCUCGUUGCCCACACUAAUGGUGGUGGCGAAUGGUGUACACUGCAUCUCGUACUAUACCGUUAACAAACAAUGGUUCCGCGCCAAGAUCAUCGAUGCCGAGCUCAUGGUGCUGCAGUUCAUCGAUUAUGGCAACACAGAUUGCGUAUCGGACACGACGCAUGUGCGCGAGAUGAGCAGCUGCAACGACAUUGAACCCUUCUGCAUGCCUUGUUCACUGCCGAUCAAGCCAAAUGGCACCGCCGACUGGGUGGACGCAGCCAAUGCCAUCUUCAGCGACUCGCAUGGUAAAUCGGUGAGUUUCGAGUACAUCACACGUGGUGAUAAGCAUAAGCGCAGCUUCAUAAAUCUAUACAUUGAUGGCGUUAACAUUGCCGAUAAACUGGUUGAGGAUGGUUUUGCCAAACACCUGGUAUUGGUGGAUUCCGGCGAGAAUUGCUACAUAUCGCAUGUGAACAGCAUAACCGACUUCUAUAUACAAUACGAGAAGGACUCGAAAGCCUUGGAGUUGAUCGAAAUCUAUUUGGCGGAAAAUGAGAAACUAAAAAAAUUAGAAAAAUUCGAACGUGCCAAAAUUGUGGCUGCGCUCUUCCCCGACGAUGAAAUGUGGUAUCGCGCUAAACUACUGAAACACAUACCAAAUCAAGGUUACGAAGUGCUUUUCAUCGAUUAUGGCAACACAUCCAUCAGUCCGGAAUGUCGUGAGAUCUCUGAAGAGAUUGCCAAGCUGCCACCUUUAUCAAAGAAAUGCGCAUUGCAUGUGCCCGAGCAUUGUGUGGCCUGGUCCGAAGCAGCCGAGGAGAAAUUCGGCGAAAUCGCCGCGCAAGGUGAAACCAUAUUCACAGUCGACUUAUGUGAGCCAGCUGGAGAUCAUGCACUCGUACAUCUGCUGAUCGAUGGUCACAACAUAAACGAUGAACUCGAACCGCUAUGCGAACACAAGCCCGCUGAAGUCGAACUAAAUAUGAGCUUCAGCACGACCAUACAAUCGUCGGUCUUCGAAAGCGGCAAAGUGUACGAUGCCGUAAUCUCGCAUGCCAAUUCGCCAUUCGAUUUCUAUGUGCAAUUUAGUAAGGACACAAUUCGUCUGGACGAUAUGACCAGCAGCUUGAACGCGCUCGGCAUGGAUGCGCUUACCGAUGCGAAGAUUGGUCAACUAUGCGCCGCUGUCUAUUGCGAGGAUAAUGCGCUCUAUCGUGCGCGUAUACUAGAAACCAUCGCCGAGUCGGAUGCAAAGCCACAGUAUCGUGUGAUCUUCAUUGAUUUCGGCAACGAAGCCAUCACCGAUGAUGUACGCGUGUUGCCACACGAUUUGCAAGCGCUGCCGGAAUUCUCUAGACACUGUCAAUUAGUGGGCGUGGCUGAGGAGAUUGGCGAGCAUAAAGCGCAAGCGGCUAUCGAAGCGUUCGGCCAGCUGAUUGAGGAGUGUGAAGGUCUGGUGAAAAUUGAGUUUAUCGAAAGCAAAGAGGCCACAACUCCAUUGCCGGUGAAGUUAUACGCUUCAAGCGGCGGUGAGGAUCUCGGCGAAAGGUUGCACUCGCUGAUCGCCAGCAUUAGCGCAAAUGCAACAGUCGUGCUGGCAACACCACCAAUUGCGGAGAAUACCGGCGUCAUAUCGCACGCGAUUUCACCAACACACUUCUACAUACAGCCGAAGGGAAAUUCACUGCAGAUGGAGCUGGUGUCGAAGGCGCUCACCAAAUCCGAUGCCGAAAAGCUGCCCGUGCUGCAGAGCGUCGAAGUGGAUAGCGUUUGCAGCGCAUACUCGCUAGAGGAUGACUGCUACUAUCGCGGACGCGUGCAAAAGGUGCUACCCGGCGAUGAGGGCUAUGAGGUAUUCCUGCUCGACUAUGGCAAUAUCAUAAAUACCACCGUCAUACACGAGCUGCCCGCUGAUUUGCGUGCCAUACCGGCGCUGUCGUGGAAAUGCAAACUGAACGCCGUGCCCGAAGCGCCUGAAACGCUGCUAAACGAAUGCUUCGCCGCGUUGCUGGAAUCGCACUUCGGUGAGAUCUAUACCAUCGAGUCGGACGAAAUUGCGCUGGACGAAAAUGAGCGCGUACACAUUGUGAAAUUGCAGGCGAACUACAAGGAUUUGGCUGAGCAAUUGGCCGACGCUGUGUCAAAGGGUGAUGCCGAGAAGGCGGCCGCGGCACUAUCACCCGUGCCCACGCUGCACAAUUGCAGCAUAAUACAUGUCAACUCGCCGGCAUCAUUCUACAUACAAUUGGGCGAAGAUGUGCCCGCCGUGGAGAAAAUCACCGAUGUGCUCUUAGAUGCCGAAACCGAUUUCCAACCGUUUACCGAUUUGCAGGUGGGCGCUAGAUGUGCCGCACAGUUCCCCGACGAUUUGGCAUUCUACCGCGCGGAAAUCGUGCAAGUGCUGGACGAGGGCAAAUGUGAGGUACACUACUUGGAUUUUGGCAACAACGCUGUGACCGAUCAGUUCCGUGUGCUGCCGGAGAAUAUGCUGGAGGUGGCUGCCUACAGCAAACACUGUACGUUGGAUGUGAAUUUGGCGAGCAAUCUGGAUGCCAGUGCCGCUUUUGCGCAGUUCGUCGAUUCGCGUUUCUCCGAAACAUUCCAGGUUGAGUUGCUGAAAACGACAGUGGAGCCGGUCAUCUGUCGUCUAUUCUAUCAGGACAAAAAUGUGGUCAACGAAGUGCUGCAAAUGUUGAAGAACGGUAACGGUAGUGCUGCCACUGCAACGGUGUUGUCGAAUGGCUUAAGCGAAGCGUUGAAAGCGACGUCUGAAGACACCGUUGCUGACGUUGCGACCAUAGUGGCGCAAUAAAGCGCGCUUUGCCUUACAACUUCAUAUAAUGCGUGAAUUUUGCGCCUGCUACAAGCUGCGCGCCUGCGCAAGACUUACCAGCCAACCAGAGUGAGAUGAAACAUAACUGAUUUUUACUGCGUACAGGGCUUAGCGACCUAUCGUGCGCAGCUUUUGACUAUAACUAACCGUUGUUUGGACUGCGAACUGCGGUGUGGUGCUUGAAGAGUGAUUUUUAAAUCUGGCACCUCGUGGAAUGUGGCGUGCGCAGAGAGCAAGUGAACAUUUGUGUGAUGCACAUACAUACAUACUAUAAAUAUUAAUAUAACUUUUUUUUUCGAAAUUGAGUAUAGCUCAUAUCUGUGCAGCAUAGAGCGUAUUGAGUGAGAUGAGAAAAACGGGUAACCCGCUAAAAAUAGGUGCCAAUUUUAGGCAGAAAUUUAAAUGAUUUAAAUUCUAAAUGUCAAAUGUGUGGAGAAUAAGAUUUAAUACUUUUGAUAAACUUUUCUAAGAGGCCUUUAUGUAGAAAUUUUUUUUUU